CCAUUUUUCUGUCACUUUUCACUCAUUUUCCUUCUUGUGCGGUCGCCGGACGGUGUUUCUGCGGCCAUUCUUUUUCCGGGGAGCAUUUUUUGUGUGAAGCAUUUGAAAUUCAAGUGAAAAUAAAGUGUUUGUGUUAUUGUGUAUAGAUACCUAAUAGAAAUAAAUAAGGUCCCGUAUCUUAUCAACCGUAGAAAAGCUUCAGAAUGCUACCCUCCAAACUGGUCCUUUUCGCGCUGGUAGCGGUGGGAUGUUUGUUCGCCGGGCUGGUCCAGGCUCACGAUGAGGACACCGCCAGUAUUGCCCUCACCAAGGACACCUUCCAGGCGGAGAUCGACGGCAGCAAUUACUUCGUCAUGUUCUUCGCACCUUGGUGCGGUCACUGCAAAAAGCUCGCCCCAACCUGGGCCAAGCUAGCCGAAUCCAAGAACGACGACAGCACCCUCAAAGUGAAGAUUGGCCGCGUCGACUGCACCACCGAUGGGGAUCUGUGCAGUGAGCAGGACGUCACCGGAUAUCCGACGCUCAAGUUCUUCAAGCUGGGAGUGUCUGCCGAUCAGUCGGUCAAGUAUCGUGGCGCUCGCGAUCUGGACGCUUUCAAUGCCUUCAUUCGCGAACAGCUCGGUAUCGAGGAGGACGAAUCCGAGGAAACGGUCGCCGAACCACCGAAACCCGUCUCGCCGCUGGUCGAGCUGACCGAUGACACCUUCGCCAAGCACAUCUCCAGCGGAAAGCACUUUGUCAAGUUCUUCGCCCCGUGGUGCGGACACUGCACAAAGUUGGCCCCAACCUGGGAAGAACUGGCCAAGAGCCUCGAGUACGACACUUCGAUCAGCAUUUCUAAGAUCGAUUGCACCCAAUAUCGGCCAAUCUGUACCGAUUUCGAAGUCAAGGGCUACCCAACUUUGCUGUGGAUCGAGGAUGGCAAGAAGAUCGAAAAGUAUUCCGGUUCCCGGUCUCACGAGGAUUUGAAGGCCUAUGUGGCCAAGAUGGCCGGAGGACUCAAGCUGGACGAAGCUACCGAAAAGGUCGAAGGAGCAGAGAAGGACAACACUUCGGCCGUUGUCCAACUCUCCCAGCCGGACUUCCAGCACGCCAUCGAGAAGGGAGUCACGUUCGUGAAGUUCUACGCCCCGUGGUGUGGACACUGCAUGCGAUUGGCCCCGACCUGGGAACAGCUGGCGGAGAAAUUUGUCGGCUCGGAUAAGGUCAAGAUCGCCAAGGUGGACUGCACGUUGGAAGUGAACAAGGACCUUUGCGGCGAACAGGACGUUAACGGGUUCCCAACGGUGUACAUCUAUCGAAACGGCGAGAAGCUUAGCGAAUACAACGGCAACCGUUCGUUGGAGGAUUUGCACGACUUCGUGACCCGGCAUCUGACCGAGCACGACGAACUGUAAAGGCAUCGGGCAUCUCGAAUGCAUGUUGUGAUGUAUUUUUGUCAGUGUGCUGAACAAAACAACAAAUUGUGUAAUUCAAUCAUAUCUCGCACUAGGGAGAGACGAACAAUUCUGUGUAAAACGUAUUCGUAGACGUUUAUGAACUAGAUAUAAAGGGAAAAUGUUCUUUGGGAUAGGAAUCGUGACAGACGACUCAUUAAAGACAUAGACUUCAGAACACUUACAUUAAAGACAAGCCAAACUGUAACACACAAUAA